UCGCCUUUCAUCUUCUUGAAUGGUUGCUCGUUUCCCUUGGCUUUACGUUUCUAUUGCUUCUCUCUCCAAUUAACAACUCGUCUCCAAACCCUGAUUUCAUCCGAUUUUCAUCUCAAAUUCAUCCCGAGUUUUCGAUCGUCGUGUCUGGUGGUCACCAAGUUUGAAUCCGCUUGCGGCUAAAGUUUCUCAGAAUUUGGAAUCGGAGGGAUAGGUUUGAUGCAUUUGUCGGAAUUGAGUUGCGAUUAGGGUUUCGGAGAUGGCGGUGUUGUUGGAGGAGAUAGCGCAGUCGGUAGAGAUAUGGUUGAAACUGAUUAAGAAACCUCAGCCGUACGUUGACCCCAAUCUUGACCCGGUUCUGUUGGUGCCCGGCAUCGCCGGUUCGAUCCUGAAAGCCGUCGACGACAAUGGUCGCAGCGAGCGGGUUUGGGUCCGGAUAAUCGGUGCCGAUUACAAGUUCCGGACUAAGCUUUGGUCGCGAUUUGACCCCUCUACCGGUCAAACAGUAUCUUUAGAUCCAAAAACCCAUAUUGUGGUCCCUGAAGAGAGAUAUGGAUUGCAUGCAAUUGAUGUCUUGGAUCCUGAAAUGAUCAUUGGGCGUGAUUGUGUUUAUUAUUUCCAUGACAUGAUAGUUGAAAUGAUGAAAUGGGGUUUUCAAGAGGGAAAAACACUAUUUGGUUUUGGUUAUGAUUUCCGCCAAAGUAACAGGUUUCAGGAAGCACUAGAGCGCUUUGCUGCAAAACUGGAGGCUGUGUACACCGCCUCAGGAGGAAAAAAAAUAAACAUAAUAAGUCAUUCUAUGGGGGGUCUACUUGUGAAAUGUUUCAUGAGUUUACACACUGAUAUCUUUGAGAAGUAUGUGCAGAACUGGAUAGCAAUUGCUGCACCAUUCCAGGGUGCACCUGGAUAUAUCUCAUCGACAUUUCUGAAUGGAAUGUCAUUUGUGGAAGGUUGGGAACAGAAUUUUUUUAUAUCAAAAUGGAGCAUGCACCAGCUGCUUAUUGAAUGUCCAUCAAUAUAUGAAUUGAUGGCUUGUCCGGAUUUUCAAUGGGAACACAAUCCACUUUUGGAAAUUUGGAGAGAGAAGCAUGAUAAGGAUGGUAACUCUAACAUUGUUCUGGAGUCUUAUUCCCCAGAAGAAAGUGUUCCAAUUUUUAAGGAAGCUCUUUCCAGUAAUACGGUUAAUUACGAUGGAUUGGACAUUCCUCUACCUUUCAAUUUAGAGAUCUUGCAAUGGGCUUGUGAAACACGCAAGAUCUUAUCUUGUGCUAAGGUUCCUUCUCAAGUUAAAUUUUACAAUAUAUAUGGGAUGAACCUCGAGACGCCUCAUAGUGUUUGUUAUGGAAGUGUGGAAGAACCUGUUACAGAUCUAGAGCAAUUAAAAUUUGUCCAGGCUCAAUAUGUAUGCGUUGAUGGUGAUGGGACUGUUCCAGUGGAAUCAGCAAUGGCGGAUGGGCUUACUGCAGAAGCAAGGAUUGGAGUCCCUGGUGAGCACCGGGGAAUCCUUGCUGAACCGCAUGUAUUUCGGAUUCUAAAACACUGGCUGAAGGCAGGGGACCCAGAUCCUUACUACAAUCCUCUAAACGAUUACGUGAUCCUACCCACUGCAUUUGAAAUGGAGAGGCACAAAGAGAAAGGCCUGCAGGUGACUUCCCUCAAAGAGGAAUGGGAAAUCAUCUCUAGAGACUCAAACGAUGAGGACAAUAUCAUCAUCAACAACGGGAAGCCUCUGGUAAGCUCAAUAGCCGUUUCUGAUCAGUCAUCUCUGACAGAGGCUCGAGCCACCGUCACUCUUCACCCCCAGAGUGAGGGCAAGCGACACAUUGAACUAAAUGCCAUAAGCGUUUCUGCAACUGUUUAAAACCCAGUUGGUGGUGAAAAUUUGUCAUUAGGUCUGGGAUUCAAUGGUCUCUACUGUAUAGUUGCUAUUCCUUCAGUUUGAACUUUGAAGCCGGUAUCCCUUGUGUCUCGUGUGUAUAUAGUGUUUCUGGAAGAAGGGUUUCAUGUAAGAUCUAUUCUGGACAAAUUCAUUCAUGGGAUAUAUGAAUAUAUGCAUAUAUAUAUAUAUAUAUA